CAAAGAAUUCAAUUGUUUAUUAAAUAAUCAAUUUUUCUCUUUCCUUUUCUUUUUAAUAACUUACAAAGAAUUGUUUUUUGAUAAUCUACAAUUCAUCAGAAUACAAAAAAUAUUAAUUUUUCAAUUUUUCAAAUAUAAAUAGCCUGUCUGCUCUUUCUUCUUAUAUGUGCUUCAAGCUCUAAUAAACAGCAAAUAUAUAAUUGGAAUUGACAUUUCUUAAAUAUUUGAGGAUUAUAUCCAGAUUAAUAAUUACUCUCGACUAGAAAUUUCUGAUAAUCAAAUGCAGUUACGGUGACACAUUGAUAAAUUAGUUUAGUCUAAAGUAGCGUGACUUUCAUGUACGAUGUACGUCAAGAUACAACAACGAGAUUAGCGCGAUAGAUUGUACCACUUUACGGAAGUUUGGUGGAUAUUUAUAUUUAAUUAAUUCUUGAUGCCCCCAAAGUGAAAGAUAAUUAAAUCAAUAAAUAUUUUUUUACAGAUAUUAACCAAUUAUUUUCGAUAUGUUUCAGAAUGCUUAUCAACUCAGUUCUUUUUCUGGCAGUCUGGAUCAAUUCGGCGAUUGCGGAAGAAUCAUCUCCCAGCGAUGCUAUGUCCGACAAACGAGCGCCUAUGGGGUUUCAGGGUAUGCGCGGAAAGAAAAAUCUCAUCCCCACUUCGUUAGAACAUAAUAAAUUGUCUCAGAGAACGCUAAUGGAUUUUCAAGAUACGCGUGAUGAUAAGGAGUCGAACGCGCCCGAUAUUGAAGAUAAUCUUUUGCACGAGUUUGAGAAACGGGCACCAAUGGGAUUUCAGGGUAUGAGAGGGAAAAAGGAUUAUUUGACGCCUGAUUUCGAAGAUUCCUACUUUCGUAACGAGAAAAAAGCACCGAUGGGUUUUCAGGGUAUGAGAGGCAAGAAAAUUAUUUCGGAGGAUGAGUAUUAUAAACGAGCACCAAUGGGAUUUCAAGGAAUGAGAGGAAAGAAGUCUUUGGAAGAGGUGUUAGGCGAAAUUGAAAAGAAGGCCGCGAUGGACUUUUAUGGUACGAGAGAGAAAAAGACAUACGUUUUCGAAUAUCCGGAAGAUUACGAAAAGAGACUUCUCGCAAUGGGAUUUCAAUGUACUCGUGACAAGUUGAAAGAAUUUCCGGGAGAGUGGGAGAAAAGGGCUCCCAUGGGAUUUCAAGGGAUGAGAGGCAAGAAAUCAUUGUUCGACGAGAUAGAAGAACUUGAGAAACGGACUAUCAUGGGUUUUCAGGUUAUUUGCUCAAUUGUGAAGUUAUAUAUCUACUAUCCAUUUCAAGGAAAAAGCGAAAAUAUACAUAAAAUAGUAUAUAAUUUUGUCAUAAUUAUUACAAAAAGAAAUGAAUAA